AUAAUCAGAUAUGGUGGCUCAUGCCUGUAACCCCAGCACUCUGGGAGGCUGAGGCAAGAGGAUACCAACUUUAAGCCCAGCCAGGAUAAUUUAGUGUUUUAUGUCUCAAACUAAGAAGAAAGAGGGUGGAGGGAGCUGUGUACGUUGAAGGACGUCAGCUGUGGAAUUUGUGGCUCUGGCGAGACUGAAAUCAUGGCAGGUCCAGAAGCUGACGCCCAGUAUCAGUUCACUGGCAUCAAAAAAUAUUUCAACUCUUACACUCUCACAGGUAGAAUGAAUUGUGUACUGGCCACAUAUGGAGGCAUUGCUCUGACGAUUUUGUAUUUCAAGUUAAGGUCUAAAAAAAGAAAAACGCCAGCUGUGAAAGCAACAUAAGUGUGUUGGGAAUCAAACCCAGGGCAUUGUGCAUGCUAGGAUUUUACAGUAUCUGACUUCAUCUGUGAAGUUCCCAUGCCUGGAGGAGCUGUCACUCAUCGUGUAAUACUCAGUUUGUACAAUAAAUUAUGAACCUGGAAAAAAAAAAAAGAAA